ACUGUUGUCGUCUGACGCUCAGUCAACGCGCAUGGACAACGCGCCGCCGCCAGAGUCACUUGCUCUUCGUCUUUCACCCUGCCGAAGCUACUUCGUCGUCCCCUCACAAGUUGCCAUUGAGUGCUUUCCUGCCCAAGCGGAAGGUCCCUUGCUAUCUUUGAGGCCAUUGCCCAAGUUCGACAGUGGCAGAAGCGGGUGAAUUUGCCACUCAUAUAGUACACUGAACAAGGUAAGUAUAGCUUCUCCAAUUAUGUGCUAUGAUCCCGCCACAGCUCAGAAAUGAGGCAGAUCAUGACUCAUGAGCUUCGAGCCACUCGUUUGGCCUUCAAACGCUUACUUGCUUUGUUCUGAUUAGAUGACCGAACCACGCCGCUGGAACAUCAGCAUAGAAGGUCAAGAGGAGAGGCCGUUUCGGGUCCCAAAUCCGUCUGAAUAUCAUUAUACGCCUCCCGCCCCCAAAGCCAACGGGGACAUUCGACUACCUGAUAAUGCGUGGUUUUCCUUCCUCAAAGUCUUCACGGCGCAUUGCAAUGAGGACUACCCAGCGAUGAAUCGAUCAACUCUGGUCAAGUCUGCCGCGGCCGUGUGGCAGCGACUCGAUAUAACGGAGAAAGCCGAGUGGUCGGAGCUCGCGUCGAGAAAUCAGGAAUCUCAUAAGCUCGCCUUCCCUGGCUGGAAGUGGCAGCCCAACAAGAGGAAGCGCAAGGAGGAGACUCCUGGCGUGCGCGAGAUUCACUAUCCCCCGAGAGAAGAUGAGGCCGCGGCUCCCGCUGCGCACGGCCCAAGCGAAAUCGCAGCCAGCUCGCCUCCCAGUAAAUUUCCUUCGCAGUCUCCAGCCGCGACGCCACCCGCUCCCGCGUCUAGUUCAGAGCACUGGGAGGACGAGAUAGCAUCGGCGUCGCGCAAGCUGAAGAUGAUUCCGGAACCUCCCUGGGCCAGUGCGUCUGCCACAUCUACUUCUGCGAGCAAAGAAGCAGAGGACUGACAUGUCCAUAUCCUCCCGCGUCGUUGUGGCGAUUCGUUUCUGGCAUGUCCCCAUCUUAUGCGUUUCUUCAUAUACGGCCGAAAAUAUUCAUGACUCUAUACUGCCUACAUUGCAUCAUAAUACAUUCGUGAUCUACAUUCCUGAGGCACGGAAGACUAGUCAUACAAUCAACAACGGAUCUUCAGAAAGGAUGAAUGAAACAGAGAGUGAUCUGGGCGAAAUACCAGAAGACGGUCAAGUGGCUG